UCCACUCCUGAUUACACGCUAAAUCUGUGCCUUGAAAUUAUGGUACAGACAGUCCUGCCACACUUGUCAAUAAUGUCACUAUAAUUACGCAUAAUCUGCUGAACCACGUUUAUAUCGCGCAAGUAUUCAAAAUUAACAUAUCUAUAUUUGUACUUUUGUAGGCCUAUUUCUGAAAAUCUACUUAAAACGGACCGCUUCAGUGAAAGCAAUUCCUAGCUUGCAGCACCCAGAAGUGAACAGAUGGCGACCCGGAAGGUCUGAAGUAACUCCGACUGAAGACAAGCAAAAAUAACCUUUUAUCAAAUAUAAUAAAAUCUACAAUCGAGGUGUCAGAAUGGCUGAACCUCGUUUUAAUAAUCCCUACUUCUGGCCUCCACCCCCCACCAUGCCUGGGCAGAUGGAUAAUAUUGUGUUGAUCAACAAGAUCAAGGAACAGCUGAUGGCUGAGAAGAUCAGACCACCCCACCUUCCGCCUUCCACAGUUCCCUCCCCUCAGCAACGACUGGGGAAUCCUACACAGACAGGAGGUGGGCAGCAAGUCCAGAUGUCAGUUCAGAAACUGCAGCAGAUGCAACAAGGUCUCCAUGUCCACAGCUCGUCCCAGCCAGACAUUGCCCUGCACACCCGGACGGCCUCCAGCUCAGUCGCAGGACGUAUUCUUGGUGAUGUAAAUUUGAAUCUGGACGAUAAGACGGCUAUAAAAGCAAGAGGAUUGUGGGAAGACUGGCAUUUGCGUCAAAUCAUUGACCAACCCUCUAGAACGAAUCACCUAUCAGGUCUGGCACUUUCCUCUCGAACUGGCAACCAUAACACCUCCAUCACUCUGACCACACCCACCUCCAACAGCCAGAGCCAGCUAGGCGGAGCCCUCUCGCCUCAUCAUGUCCUCUCCAGCUUGGCCAGUGGCCCUGGGAUGGAGCAAAUCAAAAGUAACGGGGGCCUUGCUGGACUGCUGGGGCGAGGGCGUAAGAAGAUAAAAGCAGAGAACAGUGGUGGCCCUCUGUUGGUGGUGCCUUACCCAAUCCUCGCUUCAGGCAACGACCAAUCCUGCCACAACAUCAUCCCCAAAGAGGGCAAAUGCUACAGGUGUAAAUUGUGCCCACUGACCUUCUUCUCCAAGUCAGACAUGCAGAUGCACUCCAAGUCCCACACAGAGGUCAAGCCGCACAAGUGUCCCUACUGCUCCAAAUCUUUCACCAACGCAUCCUACCUAGCCCAGCACCUCCGCAUUCACCUGGGUGUCAAACCUUAUCACUGUUCUUACUGCGAGAAAUGCUUCCGCCAGCUCUCCCACCUGCAGCAGCACACAAGAAUUCACACUGGGGAUCGGCCCUAUAAAUGUGCCCAUCCAGGUUGUGAAAAAGCCUUCACCCAGCUCUCCAAUCUGCAGUCUCACCAGAGACAGCACAACAAAGACAAGCCCUACAAGUGUCCAAACUGCUACCGUGCCUACUCGGACUCAGCCUCAUUGCAGAUUCACUUGUCUGUGCAUGCCAUCAAAAACGCCAAGGCCUACUGCUGCAGCAUGUGUGGCAGAGCCUACACCUCAGAGACCUACCUUAUGAAGCACAUGUCUAAACACACGGUGGUAGAGCACCUGGUGAGCCAUCACUCUCCACAGAGGACAGGGUCUCCUAAUAUCCCCAUACGGAUAUCCCUCAUCUGAGCAAUUCACCUUGACACCCUACCCCUGACCCUCAUGGAGGAACCCCCUGUAAGGUCACCCCUCCACUUUAGCGUAAUCAAUCCUAGAUAUGGGCUUUUAUUUGUUUGUUUUCCCCUAUGCUGGUUCCAAAAAUGUGCCAGACUGUAUUUGUACCUUUUCAAAAGAUGCCAGACUCUUUUUAUUUAUUUUUUGUAUUUUGUGGUUGGGGAAUGUUUGGGACAUCCAAAAAUGAUUUUACAGCACUUUCAGGCCUCAUGGUAGAGUAAAAACCUUUUUGGCCUAUGCUAAGACAAUAAAAAGCAUUGCUCCAGGCAGCUAAAAACAUUCACUCUAGGUGUUAUAAAGCAUUAAAUGACCACUUUUUUAUAUUGUUAUUCUCCCUUUACUCUUUGCAAAAGUAUAUUUGCAUUGGGAACUUUUGUCUUCCUUUUAGUUAGGCCAAGAAGAUGAAUAGCUUUUUGUACCAAUCCUAAUGUCAAUGUUGCAUCAUUUUGUUACUUAAAAAGAAAAUGUUCUCAAGUAAGCUUUAUCACAUUUAAGUAUGUCUUUUAGACAACAAUGCACACAAAAUACUUUCCAAUUGGAGGGUCAAUACCUAUGUGUUAUUGUUGUAGUUGUAUUUUUCAUCUUGUUAUUGUCCAUGGUAUUUAAAAGGAAACUGUUCAAGGCUAUCCUGAAGAGCACUAAAAUAUAUAUUUUGAAUCUGAUGCUGAUAUUUGUAGAACCUUCAAUGUUUUGGUUUGCUGAAUUGAUAAGCACUGCCAUGUAUUGAAGAAAUGAAAUGGUCCAUUAUGGAACUGACAUACAGUGCAUUCGGAAAUGAUUCAGACCCCUAACCCCUUUUCUACAUUUUGUUAUGUUACAGCCGUUUCUAAAAUUGAUUAAAUAAAAUCUACACGCAAUACCCCAUAAUGACAAAGCGGAAAAAGGCUUUUAGAAAUCUUAGCAACUGUAUUACAAAUAAAAAUUAUUCAGACUAUCUGCAAUGAGAUUCGAAAUUGAGCUCAGGUGCAUCCUGUUUCUAUUGAUCAUCCUUGAUGUUUCUACAACUUGAUUGGAGUACACCUGUGGUAAAUUCAAUUGAUUGGACAUGAUUUGGAAAGGCAGACACCUGUCUAUAUAAGGUGCCACAGUUGACAGUGCAUGUCAAAGCAAAAACAAAGCCAUGAGGUUGAAGGAAUUGUCCGUAGAGCUCUGAGACAGGAUUGUGUCGAGGAACAGAUCUGGAAAAGGUUACCAAAAAAAGUUAUGCAGCAUUGAAGGUCCAAGAACACAGUGGUCUCCAUCAUUGUUAAAUGUAAGGAGUUUGGAACCACCAAGACUCUUCCUAGAGCUGUCUGCUGGCCAAACUGAGCAAUCGGAGGACAAGGGCCUUGAUCAGGGAGGUGACCAAGAACCCGGUGGUCACUGACAGAGCUCCAGAGUUCCUCUGUGGAGAUGGGAGAACCUUCCAGAAGGACAACCAUCUCUGCAGCACUCCACCAAUCAGGCCUUUAUGGUAGAGUUGUCAGACAGAAGCCACUCCUCAGUAAAAGGCACAUGACAGCCCGCUAAGAGUUAGAAUCAGACCAUGAGAAACAAGAUUCUCUGUUCUACUUAAAUCUUGGUUUCAUUAUUUGGCCUGAAUGCCAAGCGUCACGUCUGGAGGAAACCUGGCAACAUCCCUACAGUGAAGCAUGGUGGUGGCAGCAUCAUGCUGUGGGAAUGUUUUUCCGCGGCAUGGAUUGGGAGACUAGUCAGGAUCAAGGGAAAGAUGAACGGAACAAAGUACAGAGAGAUCCUUGAUGAAAACCUGCUCAGGACCUCAGACUGGGGCGAAGGUUCACCUUCCAACAGGACAACGACCCUAAGCACACAUUCAAGACAACGCAGGACUGGCUUCAGGACAAGUCUCUGAAUGUCCUUCAGUGCCCGGACUUGAACCCGAUUGAUCUUUGGAGAGACCUGAAAAUAGCUGUGCAGUGACGCUUCCAUCCAACCUGACAGAGCUUGAGAGGCUCUGCAGAGAAGAAUGGGAGAAACUCCCCAUCCACCCUGACAGAGCUUGAGGCUCUGCAGAGAAGAAUGGGAGAAACUCCCCAAGUACAGGUUUGCCAAGCUUGCAGCGUCAUACACAAGAAGACAUGAGGCUGUAAUCGCUGCCAAAGGUGCUUCAACAAAGUACUGGAUAAAGAGACUUGAGUUCUUAUGUAAAUGUCAUAUUUCAGUUUUUAUUUUAGUACAUUUGCACACAUUUCUAAACGUUUUACUUUGUCAAUAUGUGGUAUUGUGUGUAGAUUGAUGGAAAAAAACAAUUUCAUAAAUUUUAGAACAAGGCUGAAAUGUAACAAAAUAUGGGGGGGAAAUCAAGGUCUCUAAAUACUUUCCGAAUGCUCUGAACAUAUUUGUUGGUUCAAGCCAUUCCAGUAACUGAGAGACUUUUAACAAUAUUUUAAAUGAAGCAGACAAACUCAUUUUAAAAAUGGAAAUUUACGAAGUAUCUUCUAUCACACAUUCCAUUAUAUGCAACAUUUCAACGUGACUUGCCGAAAGAACCGCUUCACCAUUUGGAAUGCUGUGGUAAAGUACAUGCAUGAGCUCUUCCUGUGUGCUACAUAGAUUUGUUUACUUACAUUGAUGAGGGAAGGGGUAUCCUCAUAUUUCCUUCUAUUUUACCUAUGAAGUAGAGAUGAAAAGGCCAAAUCCAAGAAUGCACAGGUUUGCAACCAAAUAAUUGUAAUCCCUAACCGUUUGAAUUAGAAUAUAUUGUCCCUGUCUGCCAGUGAUGCAUAUGGUGUGCUAUCUGGUUGAACAUGGCAGAGAAAUAGCAAGGCACAUUACAAAAUGUGAUACCUCCUGGCCUUUCAUAGGUUUACAAAUGUGAAACUCUGUCAAGAGCAACAUGUGCUGCCUCCUCACCAUCUACUGUGUUGUUGCACCUCAAAAAUCGCACGAGAGGAUUGACACCAACCAUUUGAGAUUGUUCUGAAACUGUUUCUGUAGAUAAUAACAGAUAGGAUUAUCAUUCCUGAAACAUUAUUGUAUUUAAAUAUCAUUUCAUCUCUGAGAAAUGUAGCUAAUUGAUUGUACUCCAACUGGAAUUUGUGGGAUUCAGAUAAUAUUCAAUAAAUAUAGUACCCAACAUCCAAUUUGGACCAAACAUCUUCCUACCAAUGAGUAAGACAUGAGGAAUCCCCCCCCCCCCAAAAAAAAAUGGUAAAAAGCCACCCACAGAUCCCCAACACCCCAUGUCAAUCCCACCCCAACAACCAGUAAACAGUAUAAUUUUUCUUUGUAUGACAGUAGUAUGAAGCUGUGGCUUGGAGUAUUGCUUCUCCAUACUAUGUAAUGUGUACCUUGUAUAUCUGGUUAUGUUUUUCUCUACCUGCUCAGAGAGAUGGGUAAAUAAUGCAACUUCAAUUACACAAAAGUACUGUGAAAGUACCAUGUUUUGACCAAUAGAUGCCGCUGUUCUUACUAUACUGCCACACACAUCCAUUUUGCUGGUCUCUUGUGUUUAUUAAAUUGGUCACAACAUUUCCUUUGCAACUUUGGGUUCUUAACCAAUAUAUUUUAUGAAAAUAAAUUCCUCCAUGAAAGCAA